CCAAAACUUUCCCCAAAGCUGGCUGGGGUCUAUUUGCCAAACCACAACCUCGUGCUGGUGUCAGCAGCUACCCCAGCUCUCUCCCCCCUCUUCUAGAGGGAUUUGUUUAUGAUUUUCAUCCCUGCCUGCCUCACCCUCCUCCUCCAUCCCUGUCCUGCCUUGCACUUAUUGGUCGCAGCAGCUGCGUUAGGGGCAGCCCAGUAAUUUUCUAUAUAACUAAGUGCUCUGUUCAGAGAGAACUCAGCAAGUCACGAGAGGAAAGGAACACAAAAGUAAACUCCAGAAUCUUCAAUGCUGCAAUCCUCCUGGGACCUGUAGAAUGGACAAGGGCCAUGAGAGGGAGAGAAACUGAUCCCCAAAGCAUCCAGAGUUCGUGGUCUCGAGGAAGAUCAGACCAAGACCCAAGUAAAGACAUCCCAAAAGCACUGCAUUCUGCAGCCAGCUUUGCCCUUUGGUCCUCAAUGGCGAGAAUCUCAGCUCCCACGACUCUGGCCAUCCUCCUGACUUGCCUCUUCUCUGGGGCAUGUGGCCAGACCCCAGAGGCUUUCCAGGCGAGCUCCAUUCCCUUCAAGGCACUCAGCCAGGAGCAGGCUUACAGCCUGCUGCAGCCCAGCCUGUUCCAGGAUGCCAAGGCACACAACUACUCAGAAAGUCUCCCCAAGAGCAGUGGGUCGGAGCCACCCCUGCUGCCCGUCUGUGUGAAGCCUGCAGAUAUCAGGCACAUCUUCAAGUACAUCAACACCAUCGUGUCCUGCACCAUCUUCAUAGUAGGGAUCAUUGGGAACUCCACACUCCUGAGGAUCAUAUACAAGAACAAAUGCAUGAGGAAUGGGCCGAAUGUUCUCAUUGCUAGCUUGGCACUUGGAGACCUUCUCUACAUCCUCAUUGCUCUGCCCAUCAAUGUCUAUAAGCUCUUGGCAAAGGACUGGCCCUUUGGUGUGCAGGUGUGCAAGCUGGUCCCCUUCAUCCAGAAGGCUUCAGUGGGCAUCACGGUCCUCAGCCUUUGUGCCCUCAGCAUCGACAGGUAUCGAGCAGUGGCCUCCUGGAGUCGGAUCCAGGGCAUAGGAAUCCCCAUGUGGAAGGCAGUGGAGGUGACGCUGAUCUGGGCAGUGGCCAUUGUGCUUGCAGUCCCUGAAGCCAUAGCCUUUGACAUGGUAGAGAUCAACUACUGGGACCAAGACCUGUGGGUGUGCAUGCUUGCCUCCGAACAGAAAUCCAGCUUCAUGAUGUUCUAUCGUGACGUGAAGGACUGGUGGCUUUUCGGCUUCUACUUCUGCCUCCCCUUGGUAUGCACUGGCAUCUUCUACAGCCUCAUGUCAUGUGAAAUGCUGAGCAAGAGAAAUGGCAUGAGAAUCACUCUGAAUGACCACAUGAAACGGCGUCGGGAGGUGGCCAAGACCGUCUUCUGCCUCGUGGUGAUCUUUGCGCUCUGCUGGCUGCCGCUCCACCUCAGCCGCAUCCUCAAAAAGACCAUCUAUGAUCAGACAGACCCCAACAGAUGUGAGCUGCUCAGUUUCCUCCUCGUCAUGGAUUACUUUGGGAUCAACAUGGCCUCUCUCAACUCCUGCAUCAAUCCAGUGGCUCUCUACUUUGUCAGCCGAAAAUUCAAGAACUGCUUCCAGUCCUGCCUGUGCUGCUGGUGCCAGAGACCCGCUCUGAGCAUCACACCGACAGAUGAGAAGGGCUCUGUGGGGAAGUGGAAAGCCAAUGGGCAGGAGCUUGGACUGGACCGGAGCAGCUCCCGCUUGAGCAACAAGUACAGCUCUUCCUAAAGCAGAGAGAAGGCACUGUGACAAGACGGAAAUUUGUUCCAGGCUCUCCACUCAGGGAUGGCAUUCACCCUGCCUUGUAUGGCACAAGAAGGUGACUGAAUGCACGAGACAGCACACCUUAGGAGUCCAGGUGUCCUCGGCAGAAGCCAGUGGCAGCAUCCAGCCAAACCACCUGCUCCAAAUUCCCCUUCCCCAGUUUCUGGAACCCCAGCACUUCUUGGGCACAGCUCUGUGACACCAAGGUUCAGGCUAUUUGUAAGGAGGAUGCAGAUUCUGAUCCUCAGAGUCAAGCUACAGUGGAAAAUACAAUGGGGAAGAUCUGAUCUCAGCUGAAGUUGCUGCUGAAACUAACCAGAAUAUGGCAAAGAGCCCUCACAAAUUUACAGUUUAAAGUGAUUAGACCCCAAAUGCCUUCUCCAGCAUAACUUUCUAAAAAUCAUGCUUGCGCCCCUGCCAAAACCUCAAGAAAAUCUGUAAGAGAAUGUUUUGUUUACCAGAUUUUUUUAUAAUUUUCCUGUUGUAUUUUAUUCUCUUAUAUCCCUUUUUCCUUUCCUCUUUCCCCUUUUCACCCUGUCAUGGAGAAAAAAAGAAAAAAAAAAGGAAAAAAGAAGAAGGGAGAAAAGACUUGUAAACAAAGCUAAACUCAUUUCAUGUGACAUUGUAUUUCAGUGAAAGCUAAGCUAAAAACAAAUAUUUUACAAACAAAUCAUAUUUUUCAAAGACAAUUAGGUUUCAAAUCUAAACAGAAGGACUGAGGGAUAUCUAGACCAGUAAGUUUUCCAUAACCUUACCUACCCACUAGAGUAGAUUUGCCUGUAUCCAUUUCACAGCACUGAUGCUGUGCUUUGCCUCUGAGCUGGCUGCAUUUUGUUGGAAGACAAAGUCAUUGGAGCAAAUUGAUAGCAAUGAAAUGCUUCAUCUUAGUAGAAGGAUUUUUUUUAAUAAUUGUACUCAUUAGAAAAAUAGUAAUCUGAAUUCUACAUAUUUCUAUAAAGAGUCAACCUUUAUCACACUGAAACAAGCAUUCAAAGGUCCUCUUCCAUUCAGGACAGCCCCAGUUGUUUCAGCUUGGCUUCCUCUAACUGUAUCCAAAUCAGCAAUAGGAACAGCUGAGUGCUAUCUGCCACCAGCAAUGAUUGUUCUCUUACCUGCACACUGCAUGGAGACUAGCAGAUUUAAACACACAGUUCCCAUUCAACUCAGCGAAGACUGAAGCAUCUGAAUGAUUCCCCAGCAGUGACCUUUGGUAACAGUAUAAGGAGCAGUGCCCCAAAUGUUCAAGAUCUGUGAUUCUCUCCUAAGGACAGCCAGGACCUGUUCAUACUCACAAUACAGACAGCAAUUACAUCCACACAGGGGAAUCUUUUUACCUUGCUUAACCUCCUGGACCCCAAAUAGCUAACAUCCCUCUUUAUGCUCCACAGCAAAUUUAAUCAUUCCUGCAUUAGCAGCUACUCUCAGAUCAACAUUUUCACCUUAAAUGGUUCAAAACCAGUCUCAGAUCUGCACAUGAUUAAUAUUACAACAAACAGACUGCCAUGAAUUCAUCUCAGCUCUGGAUGUUGGUAUCACUUGCUGCACAGCUGCUUAACACUGACUUCAGUCUCCUUUCCUUUCUUUCCCCUUGUGUUUUCCUCCCAAGCGUCUCCUAUUAAAACCAACAUCAUAAAAUCUGAGUAACUGUGAGAGGGGAGGGAGAGAAGAGAGCUAUCAGCUGCAAACAGUAGCCUUUUAAAACUCUUACACUGUGGUGGCAUUCACUUGGCACUUCUCAAAGGUCUCUAUUAGGCUACAACCAAGACCAUGACAAACACAUUUCAGCUCAAAGAUAAAGCAAAGAACAUCAGAAAACAAGUGCCCAUGCAGUUUAGCUGCUCAUGGAACUGCAAAUGCAAAAACAGCUCCCACCUUUCAAGAUCUUUUUAAAGUUGCUCUCCAUGCUGCUGGGGCUUAGCAGUCACAGGACUGAGCCCAGAUGUAUCAGUCAGGUUCUUAUUUAUUCACCCCUUUUCCCUUCAGCCAAGCCAGACAGGAUCAGACAAAAUCAAAGCCGCCACAGCCACCUGUAAAGAUGCAGGAACCCAUUGGCAUGGGCAAGAUGAAUCUAUUGCAGCAAACUGAGGCAAAAGAGCCUUAUUAUGAAAUGCAGGGUUCAGAUGGCUUCAGGACCUAAUGCCUGUGAACACAAACCCACUGCCAGUCUGCCAGAAACCAAGUCUGUCAAUUUGUAUUUGAAAGAACAAUUUUAUUGAGAAAACCUGACAUUUUACAUCCUCUUAUUCCUCUGUAUGUUAAUAAAACAUGUUGGUGUUUGAAAAGAAAGUCUCUGGGUGUUUCUUAUUAAGCAGCAGGGGGUCUGCAAAGUCUGCUAAAUACUUAAUUGAGUGCCAGCAGGUUCUUUUGGUAACUGCAGACCUCCACUGAAGAGACAGAGGUGCUCCCCCUGGGCAGAGCAAACUGGAAAGGUUCACAGUCCUGCACCCAGCACAGAGCAGAAAGAACUCCUGUUACUUCAUGCCACAUUACACUCAAUGAAAGGCUUUCCCUUGGCUAGCUGCCAGCAGAUCUGAACAAGGCCUGGGUUUCAGCAUUGUACUCUCUAGAUAAGCUCACAAGGAGUGAUCUGGGCUUGUGGCUGUUUGCAUUCUUCAGGAGGUUGAAAUGAGGCAAGUUUUGUUGUGAUUUUUUUUCAAUUGUCUCACCAUGAAAUGAUUCUCUGGUCAUUUGAGGGCAAUCUGUUAAAAAAAUGAAGGCUGAUUAUAUUACUUGAAUGCAACCAGAGGGCAAAGAAGCUGGCAAAAGGGCUUGAAGGCAUGUCCUGCACAGAGUCUGAAGAUACUGGGGCAGUCCAGUCAGGAGGCCAAGCGGCAACCUCAUUGCGCUCUGCAUCUUCCUCUGAGAAAUGAGGAACGACACAUAAGUCUCUCCUCCCUGGUAAUCAAUGACAGAAUGCAAAGAAAUGACAGAAGGAUUUGUCAGGGGAGUUUCAGGCUGGAUACGAGGAAAAUUUGACCACCCUCAAGGUAAAGAAACACUGAAAUAGGCCUACUAGCAAGGUGGCUGAUGCCCCAUGACUGUCACUGUCCAAGAGGCAUUUGGCCUUGGGGCCAGUAACAGAAGGACUUAGAUCAGAAGAAGCUACAGCCUCUCUCAAAGCCUGAUUUUACACUGCACUGAAUGCCUUUAUUCCCCUCAUAUGCUGGAGCAGACCAGCCUCUGUGCACCAGACUAUCUUCACCACUGCAAGUGAUCUGAACAUCCUGGGCAGAAAAU